AAGCUUCCUGAUAUGGCUGAGAUUGAGAAAUCUGCCAGAUGGCAGUGGAAGGGGACAGAAACACAAGAGAAGAACCCACUAUCCACAAAAGAAACCACUAGAGAAGAGAAGCGAGCAGGUGAAUCGGAAUGA